AUGCAUGUUCAGCCUUUAGCAUUGCUCUCUCGGCGAUUUUUCUCUCCUUUCUGGAUUACGCUAUACAGAGCCCCUAAAUUGAUGGAAACAACUAAUGAUUACCUUAGCGAGUUGCCAAGUGAUAUUCUGAGCAUGAUCACUGAUAAGUUGGACCUGAAAGAUGCAGUGAAGACGAGUAUUUUAUCGAAAAGAUGGAAAUAUAUUUGGAUUAACCAUCCCGACCUCAUAUUUAAUCAUCUUAAUGUAUUUGGAUUGGACCGUAAAAAGCUUAAGAAAGAUUCAGUAGGUGCAGACAGUAAUUUUGUGAAAUACGUGGACCAAACUAUGCAGCAGAGGUUAAAAGGAGACGACAAGAUUACUUCUUUUCGCGUUUCUUUUGUGUUGGGGGAGUUCUUUUCUCAAUCUAUAGAUAGGUGGAUCAGUUGUGUCCUUCGAAAAGGUGUUGAGACCAUUGAUCUUGAUUUUUUGAAAUUAUAUCCCAUUUAUAUUCCUUCAUCCUUCAAGAAGUGCUACAACUUUCCGUGGCUUCUAACCAUCUCCGAAGAUAAAGGGACACUAAAACAUCUGCGAGUCGCACGUUGUAGGCUCCAAUUAGCUCCAGCUUCAUGUUCCAUGAAAUUUGAUUCACUCAUUUCCCUUCAGCUUAUAAAGGUGUCUAUAAACGAUCUUCAACUUAAGGAGGUUCUAGAAUAUUGCCCUUUACUUGAAAAUUUAAGUCUGCAUUUCUGCACUGAACUCACUCAUAUCAGAAAUGGCGACAUACGGUUGAAGGUUUUGUACUUGAAGCAAUGCUCGAAAAUUAAGGAGAUUGAUCUCUGUACCGACAAUCUCAUUUCCUUAAAACUUAAACUGUCAUAUAUAAGUAAUCAAGAGCUGACCAAGUUUCUAAAAAGUUGCCCGGUACUUAAAGACUUAACUCUGUAUUACUGUCAAAAACUCACCCAUCUGAGUAUUGGUAAUUCUUCUAACAACACAAGUCUGAUGUCUAUCUCUUUGAAGAAAUGCUUCAAACUUGAGCAUAUCGAUCUUUGUGCUGACAAUGUCGAUAGACUUGAAUACACUGGAAAGUUAAUAUCGUGGUCAUUUAUGAAAACCCCGAGACUGACAAAUGCUUUUUUAAGCUACCUUAAUUGUGUUAAAGGAAGAUUAUUAACAGAGGAUGUCAAAAAUUUAGAUUCUAACAUCUCUAGAUUGACUCUUGACUUCCCUAUGCUGCAGAAUCUAAUUUUUUCGCAGGAAGAUAAUUGUCAAUAUUUCAUGAAUCCUAAACCAGUGACUGAAUUCCUUAAUAUUAGGCGAUUGGUUUUGCCUGUUAUGCCAGCCCACAGUGAAGACAUACUGAUAUGGGCUAGAUAUAUCUUGAAGGCUUUCCCCUUGUUACAAACAUUGGAGUUAAAUUUGGACAGACCGUUCGACCUGAGCCAGCCGAUAAAAACAAAGACGGGGAUAGAAGAAGAAGAGGAAAAGGUCAUGAAGAAAUGCCAUAAUGGAUCCAUAAGCGAGGUAAAGGUGAAUGGAUUUGUGGGAAAUCAAAACGAAGUUGAUUUGGUAAAGUAUUUGUUAGAGAAUUUAUCGGGGCUUAAAGAAUUGACACUUAGUCCAUACAAGAAGGCUUACAAAAGAUUUGAUAGUUGGGAGUAUAAUGAUAUUCAAGCAAGCAUAGAAUUUGAUUUGUUUGAAUACGAGUGUCAUGAGCUUCUUAAAGUAAUUCCUCCAUCUGUUUGUCUACAUAUUGAAAGACAGAGGAUUUAG